GUUCUGGUUCUAGAGUUUGGAAACCCUUGAUGGCUCCUGGGGCCGCCAUCAUUAGCAAGCCACUUGUCGAGAAUACCAUGUUCGUCCUCGACAACAACCUCUUUUUUUCAUCGUCCAGGGAGUUGGAGAGAGACUCCUAUUUGGCCCGCUUCGACCCCAUCAAAGAGACUUGGAUGGAUAUGUCUGCCGCUGAUAACAAUCUUUCGAACUUCAGAACGGGUAGACUCAUUUGCGGCGGUAGACUCUUUGGCCGCAGUGACCAAUGUCGUAAUACUUUUUUCCCACACAUUUCUGUGUCCCUUCCCGGUCUUGGAAGCAGCAACUACACCGUUUGCCUUACACAUGAGUAUGUGGAGGAACCUCCUCAUACACCUUUGGACAAGGUCCUUGCCAUUCUCGUUAACCACCUGAAUGGCCUAGUCGCAUUAUAUCAAUACCUUGAUGUGGCUUUUGAGGGUAUUCUACCACCGAUGGAAGGACCCGGCAGAUUCAAUUUUGUUGACCUUGGCAACGGGAAGCUGUGUGCAAUAUGCUCGCAGUUAUUGGAUUCCGAUCCCUAUUCAUCCGCGCAUUGCUUCUCCAUUUUCACACUGUCCGUGUUGAAGGACUUUGCAGCAUUGCAACUUGACAGUGGGGCUCCUCCCAUGGAGCGAGAUUUCUUACAAGUUACUGUCCAUAGGAAGAGUGUCUUCACCAUGGAGCACCGUGGGAUUACUGGGAUUACUAAUUGUAUGCGCCAUGCGUUUGUUUGGCCACCUACUAAGGGAGGAAGAUUUCAGCACAGGACAACUCUAUUUUAGUAACAUUUCUUGUUAUUUCUUGUGGCUUAUUAUCCUCCUUAGUCGUUUUCAAUAGGAUUAUGAAUGAACAAUGAAUUAAAUAUUAAUGUCUUUCAGGAAUAUGAUCUUGCUUUGAGUUGUGUCUA